CCCUAGGAAGCAAGAAAGGUACUAAAACGCAGAAGCUCCUCUUUCCCCCUCGUUCAUAAUCAGAUCUCUCUCCGAUUCGAAACAACCCUGCAUUAUUCAGAGCUAGGGUUAGGGUUAGGUAUUUUGAAAGCAAUCGGCAACAAUGGCUUCUUCGUCAUCUUAUCUACCGGCCACUACCGAUUCAAUUGCACAGGCUUUAGAAGCCAAAACCCCUUCCGAAUCGAUUUCUAUACUUUAUCGCGUUCUCGAAAACCCGUCCUCUUCUUCCGAAGCCCUACGGAUAAAGGAACAGGCAAUAUCGAAUCUUUCCGAUCUUCUUAGGCAAGAGAAUCGGGCUGAGGAUCUCAGAAAUCUCCUUACCCAAUUGAGGCCUUUCUUUAACUUGAUCCCCAAGGCAAAAACCGCGAAGAUUGUUCGCGGGAUUAUAGAUGCCGUGACUAAGAUACCAGGGACUUCUGCUGAUCUUCAGAUCUCUCUUUGCAAGGAAAUGGUUGAGUGGACCCGGGCCGAGAAGCGGACUUUUCUCCGCCAGCGAGUCGAGGCGAGGCUUGCUGCUCUUUUGAUGGAGAACAAGGAGUACUCAGAGGCACUGAGUUUGCUUUCUGGGUUGGUCAAGGAAGUGAGAAGACUUGAUGACAAGCUUCUGCUUGUGGACAUAGACUUGUUGGAGAGUAAGCUCCAUUUCUCUUUGAGGAAUCUUCCGAAAGCGAAAGCCGCUCUCACGGCUGCAAGGACAGCAGCCAAUGCUAUAUAUGUGCCCCCGGCUCAACAGGGCACUAUUGAUUUGCAAAGUGGAAUCCUUCAUGCUGAAGAAAAGGAUUACAAGACUGCUUAUAGUUAUUUCUUUGAGGCAUUUGAAGCCUUCAAUGCUCUUGAGGAACCUAGGGCCGUGUUUAGCCUCAAGUAUAUGUUGCUGUGCAAGAUUAUGGUGAACCAGGCUGAUGAUGUUGCGGGAGUAAUAUCGUCCAAAGCGGGUUUGCAGUAUGUGGGGCCGGAGCUGGAUGCCAUGAAAGCUGUUGCUGAUGCGCACUCGAAGCGCUCUUUGAAGCUCUUUGAGACUGCUCUGAGUGAUUUCAAGGCUCAGCUAGAGGAGGAUCCCAUUGUCCACAGGCAUCUCUCGUCCCUCUACGACACACUGUUGGAGCAGAAUCUUUGCAGGUUGAUCGAGCCUUUCUCAAGAGUGGAGAUUGCUCAUAUCGCUGAACUGAUAGAGCUGCCGGUUGAUCAUGUGGAGAAGAAGUUGUCUCAGAUGAUUCUGGAUAAGAAGUUUGCUGGGACUUUGGACCAGGGUGCUGGAUGCCUCAUCAUUUUUGAUGAUCCCAAGACCGAUGCUAUAUACCCUGCGACGUUGGAAACCAUAUCUAACAUUGGCAAGGUUGUAGAUAGCCUUUAUGUCAGAUCUGCCAAGAUAAUGGCAUGAGGAUGAAGGUUGGGAGGCAGUUUUCCUGCUUCAAUAGCUUGGUUUUCUGCUUGGAUCAGUGGCUUGGACGCUCGGAAUGCACACAAAGACAAAAGUAAUCCAUUUUAUCUUUCAGAUUUUAGCAUAUAUUUUGGAUUAUGUAAUUUUCGCCAUCUUGGCAUUCAUUUUAGAUAAUGUAAAAACUUUUAAUGUGCCUCGCGUCGGAUUUCUCUCAUGGUUAUUUUGUUUG